ACCAAUACAUUACUAAAUACCUAGCUACCUCUUAACCUCAAACAAAAAUAAAAAAAUCUAGCUUCCUUCUUCAUUCUACAAUAUGGCCACAAUGAAACCAUUGGUAACCGACCUUGUUUCCACCAUUAAUCAUGUCCCUUCAAAUUUCAUUAGACCCCUUGGUGACCGUCCAGAUCAACUUCAACUUCAACUUCAAUCCACUAUUCAUGAUUUCAUUCCCAUCAUUGAUCUUCAAGGCCUAAAUUCCUCAAAUCGUUCUCAAGUCAUCCAAAAAAUUGAACAUGCUUGCCAAAACUAUGGUUUUUUUCAAAUUGUGAAUCAUGGAGUACCAGAGGGGGUGGUAGCAAACAUGAUGAAGGUGUCAAAAGAAUUUUUCAAUUUGCCAGAGAGUGAGAGGAUGAAAAAUUACUCUGAUGAUCCAUUGAAGACAACAAGGCUUUCCACAAGUUUUAAUUUGAAGACUGAAAAAGUUUCAAAUUGGAGAGACUAUUUAAGACUUCAUUGCCAUCCUCUUGAAGAUUAUGUUCAUGAAUGGCCUUCCAACCCUCCUUCUUUCAGGGAGGAUGUAACAGAGUAUAGCAAACAAGUGAGAAAAUUAGCAUUGAGAUUGCUUGAGGCAAUAUCAGAAAGUUUAGGUUUGGAAAAAAAUUACAUAAACAAAGCAUUAGGAAAACAUGGACAACAUUUGGCUAUUAAUUACUAUCCUCCAUGUCCUGAACCAGAGUUAACAUAUGGUUUACCAGCACAUGCUGACCCAAAUGUUAUUACCAUUUUGUUGCAAAAUGAUGUGGUUGGUUUACAAGUCCUUAAGGAUGGCAAAUGGAUAACUAUCAACCCUGUUCCUAAUACCUUCAUUGUCAAUAUUGGUGACCAAAUUCAGGUGAUAAGCAAUGAUAGGUACAAGAGUGUGCUGCAUCGAGCAUUAGUGAAUAAUGAGAAAGAAAGGAUGUCCAUUCCAACAUUCUACUGUCCAUCACCAGAUGCUAUAAUAAAACCAGCUCCUCAACUCAUAGAUAAUGAUCAUCCUGCUCAAUACAAAGAAUUUGAUUACAAUGAAUACUACAAGAAAUUUUGGAACAGAGGACUUUCUAAAGAAACAUGUGUGGACAUGUUCAAGGCUUAAAUUGUAGUUUCUAGAUUUCACCUCCUUAUUAUUGAAGUUAAGACACAAAUUAAUAAGUUUAGAUGAAAUAAUGUUUUUCAAUCUUUUUGAAUUUUAAUAAUAGAUCUUUUUGGUCUUUAUUUUUAGGCAAGAUGAUCCAUUAAUUCUUUCAGGCAAAAAUAUAAUUUAUCAUAUGAUAUAUGCAGGCAUCCAUUAAUUUAUCAUAUGGUCAUUUAAAA